GCGCCGCCGCUCUCUCCCCUCAGCAGCGCGGCGGUAGCGGGCGCAGCGCGGGCGGCGGGGCCGGUAUUCGGCUGAGGCGGCCAUUCCUACAGCGGCAGCGCUAAGUUCCUCCCCCCCCUGCCCCUCCUCCCGGUUCCCCCGGGCCACGCACAGAGAUGCCCUCGGCUACCAACAGCACUAUGGCGAGCAGCAGCAGCGGGAAAGCGGGCCCGGGCGGCGAGACAGCCCCGGCGGCGGCAGCGGCGGCCGCCCCGCAGGCAUCGGGCGGCAGCAUCACCUCGGUGCAAACCGAGGCCAUGAAGCAGAUCCUGGGCGUGAUCGACAAAAAGCUGCGCAACCUGGAGAAGAAAAAGAGCAAACUUGAUGAUUACCAGGAACGAAUGAACAAAGGAGAACGUCUGAAUCAAGAUCAACUGGAUGCGGUGUCAAAAUACCAGGAAGUGACAAAUAAUUUGGAAUUUGCUAAAGAACUGCAGAGGAGUUUUAUGGCUCUAAGCCAAGAUAUCCAGAAAACAAUAAAAAAGACAGCUCGCAGGGAGCAACUGAUGCGAGAAGAAGCUGAGCAGAAACGUUUAAAGACUGUACUAGAGCUGCAGUUUAUUUUGGACAAGUUGGGUGAUGACGAAGUGCGCAACGACUUGAAACAAGGCUCAAAUGGAGUUCCAGUACUGACAGAGGAGGAACUGACAAUGCUGGAUGAAUUUUACAAGCUAGUUUACCCUGAACGGGACAUGAACAUGAGGUUGAGUGAGCAGUAUGAGCAAGCAUCUGUUCACCUGUGGGACUUACUGGAAGGGAAGGAAAAACCAGUUUGUGGAACAACCUAUAAAGCGCUAAAGGAGAUUGUUGAACGUAUUCUUCAAACUAGUUACUUUGAUAGCACCCACAACCAUCAGAAUGGACUAUGUGAGGAAGAAGAGGCAGCACCCGCACCUGCAGUAGAAGACACUGUAGCAGAAGCUGAACCUGAUCCAGCGGAAGAAUUUACUGAACCAGCUGAAGUUGAAUCAACUGAGUAUGUAAACAGACAAUUCAUGGCAGAGACUCAGUUCAGCAGUAGUGAGAAGGAACAGGUAGAUGAGUGGACAGUUGAAACGGUUGAGGUUGUAAACUCACUGCAGCAACAGACACAAGCUACGUCUCCUCCGGUUCCUGAACCUCACACGCUCACUACCGUGGCUCAAGCAGAUCCUCUUGUUAGAAGGCAGCGAGUACAGGACCUUAUGGCACAGAUGCAGGGCCCCUAUAACUUCAUGCAGGACUCUAUGCUGGAGUUUGAGAACCAAACACUGGAUCCUGCUAUUGUAUCUGCACAGCCCAUGAAUCCAGCACAGAAUUUGGACAUGCCACAAAUGGUUUGCCCUCCAGUUCAUGCUGAGUCAAGACUUGCCCAGCCCAAUCAAGUUCCUGUGCAACCAGAAGCUACACAGGUUCCCUUGGUUUCUUCUACAAGUGAGGGAUAUUCAGCCUCCCAACCCAUGUAUCAGCCUUCUCACACAACAGAGCAACGGCCACAGAAAGAAUCAAUUGACCAGAUUCAGGCUUCAAUGUCACUGAAUUCUGUCACUGACCAGACCCCAUCAUCUUCAUCGCUUCCCACCGCAUCCCAGCCGCAGGUGUUCCAGGCUGGAUCUAGCAAACCUUUGCAUAGCAGUGGAAUCAAUGUUAAUGCAGCUCCAUUCCAAUCCAUGCAAACAGUAUUCAACAUGAAUGCACCCGUUCCUCCUGUUAAUGAGCCAGAAACCCUUAAGCAGCAAAACCAGUACCAGGCCAGUUACAACCAGAGUUUCUCCAAUCAACCUCACCAAGUAGAACAAUCAGAUCUUCAGCAAGAACAACUCCAGACAGUGGUUGGUACUUACCAUGGUUCCCCGGACCAGACCCAUCAAGUUGCGGGUAAUCACCAGCAACCUCCUCAGCAGAAUACUGGAUUUCCACGGAACAGUCAGCCUUAUUACAACAGUCGAGGAGUGUCUCGUGGGGGAUCACGUGGGGCUCGUGGCUUAAUGAAUGGUUACAGGGGACCGGCAAAUGGAUUUAGAGGAGGAUACGAUGGCUACCGUCCUUCCUUUUCCAACACUCCAAACAGUGGUUACACGCAGCCCCAAUUUAAUGCUCCUCGGGAUUAUUCAAACUACCAGCGGGAUGGAUAUCAACAGAAUUUCAAACGUGGCUCUGGACAAAGUGGACCUCGGGGAGCUCCUAGAGGUCGUGGUGGGCCCCCAAGACCAAACAGAGGGAUGCCUCAAAUGAAUGCUCAGCAAGUGAAUUAAAGAAAUUCACAGGAUUUCAUUAAACGCCAAAAACACACUGGCCAGUGUACUAUACAUGUUACCAGAAGAGUUAUUAUCUAUUUGUUCUCCCUUACAGGAAGUUUGUUGUAAAGGGACUAUUUUCAUUACCCAUAAUGACAGGACUACAGUUGCCAGCUUUAUAUUACCUGGAUAUGGAAAGGAACGAAACAACGUUUACUCUGCAUGUUCUGUCCUAAGCAUCAUCUUGAGCCUUGCACAUGAGAUUCAGAUUCCUCACCCUUGCUAAGAGUAAAGCAAAAAGCAAUUUUCAGGGUGAUCCAAUCUCCAUGGUUAACUGAAGUGGCAGGAAAAAAAAAAAAAGACUCACUUCUGGCAUUUAAAAGUGAUGUAACAAAUUUGGAUAAAAUCUGCAAAUUCGUAAAGAUUUACUGUGGUGGCAGUUGGCAAAACUUAAAUGUUCCCAUGAAAGGAUGGAAAAGGUGAAGUGUGGCUUGGUAGAGCAACUGCAUUUCAGCUUUUUCUUAUUAAAUUGAAGCACUCAACAGUUCAAGAUGCGUAGUGAUGCAUAUUUCCCUAAAUAGACAAAUAGGCUUCUAGCCAUUUUUUUAACAAAGAAGAAGCACCCUUAGCUACAGCACUCCUCAUCACCAGGGCCCUGUUUCCUGUGGCUAAGGAUUUAAGAUCGCUUGCAUAACUGCUAAUGUAACUGUGUAAUUUUUAUUAUUUUUUUUUUUAAAGAAGAAAGGAAAGAAAAAAAACCAGCUUUGAUUUGGCACUUCAACAAAAUUUUGCAACAAAUGUGAGAGAUAAUCCGGAUGGCCACUGUAUAUUUGAUGUGAAGUAUUUAGAUAUCUCUUUGAAACACUUUUAAGUUUCUUUGAUAGCAAUGACUUUUGUAAGGAUUGGUAUUUCUCUUAUCAUUCCUUAUGACUUGCACAUUGUCUGUCACUAAUACUUGACCUUGCUGUAUUAUCACCUAAAUAACUGAUGCCGGUACUGAUGAAAAUCUCUAAUGGAUAAUCAUAACACUUUUGGUCACAUGUCCUUCUGUCUUUCCUGCAGCCUUGAAGGUUUUAAGAAAUCUCAAAUGCCCGCUGCUGCUGCCCUUUUAAUUGCUAUCUUUUGAAAAGCACCAGUAUGUGUUUGAAUUGAUUUCCCCUUUUAAGGGAAAUGACAGCCAGCAGUUACAGUUCUAAUGGUAUAAGUAAGACAAAUAAAACAUGUUUAUAAAAAUUGUAUCCUGGAACACUGGUUUUCAACGACUGAAACAAAUUUAAUGUAACGGGGUGACAUUUCAUAAGGUUGUUUUUUUGUUUCGUUUUUUUUCCCCCCUCCCUGAUAGAUUCUCUUUUUCCUGAAUAGAUGUAAACCCUCCUGUUUUUCCUGAUUUUAUUCUAAUAGCUGUGACUUCUUCUGGGAAACUUGUUUCCUUUUAAUGGACUUUUCCUUUUCAUCAAGGCAGCAAUGUAUAAAAGAAAUGGCAUAAGACUAGGAGCUGGAAAAUACCGAGUCUUAUUCAAGUUUUACUGCAUACUUGUGGUAUAAUCUUUGGAAAAUCACUUGUGCCUACCUUUUGCGCACAUGCACUCUCUCUGCAGUGGGGAGAAUAUAUUGAUAGCUGCCUCCAUAGAGGUGUUGGUAGUUCUGUUGCAUUCUAUAGCACCUGCAAGAAGAAAAAAAAGUGCUAUAUGUGUUAAGUAUCGCUCAUCAAAUAAUUCCCACCUGUGGAAAGGUGACAUUAGGAACAGCUACGUAUUGUUUAACUGUUAUAUACGAAACUGAAGGUUGUUUUCGCUCAGAGGGUCGUUUCUACUUUGUAUUGCAACUGAACUUUCAGAACUUGUAGUCAGGUAUUUUGACUUCGUUGUGAAAUGAUUGGAAACUCCAUACAAACAGGUGGUAAUAUCACUUUUCCAUCUUCUGUGUGAAGAGCACAAACGAGAAAUGUUUUCACUGAGAGAAGUGAUAAGCUUGUGAAGAAGAUACUACACACCAGACAUCUUGAAACGAUACUGAUGGCCAGAAGCAGCAGUUUUAGUCAAGGCCUAGAAACAUUCCGUACCGGUAUAAGGAUAGAAACUGCAGUCUGGUGAGAAGUUGCUGUUCUGUGUCUUUUUUUAGGAAGCUAUUACCAAGAUAAUAGUCCCGACUGUUUUUUAACUGGAAAAAAAAUAAAAAGACAAACCUUUUAAUGUUGAACUGAUGUAGGAAAACAGUGAAUUCUUUUUUUUAUUAUUUUAUUUUUUUGUGCAUCAGCUUUUUAAAUGGUUGGUAGAACACAAGCUGUUCAGCUUUUUCCAUUGCACACCAAAUGCUUCUUUAAUAGCUAAUUGUAGUUUGACAAUAAACUUGCAGCAUACUAAAUUAAAGACCGCUGAAUGGAUCACAACAUUCCAUUUAAGGUUUUGGGGGUUGGUUGUUGGUUUGUUUUUUUUUAACUUAAAUUUAUUAAUAAAACAUUGGGUAGUUGAGAGGCCUCUUAAUUGAGAUACAACUUUGUAAGCCUUUUCCUGUAUGAAAAUGGUCUUUAGAGUAGCUGCUCUACUGUAUGCUGAUAGAGGGAGAUGUGUUAUAAUAAUAACCAUAAAACAAGUACUUAAGAUGUGUUUAAUCUGGGAAUUUGCACUGACUCCUUUAAUCUCAAUACAUGCGUCUAAUAAACAGUAAUACUGAAA